UUCGCUCUUCCUAAACCCUCAGAAAACCUUCCUCCCUUCAUCUCAUCUUCUUUCCUUCCUCCAAAGAUCGCACCUUUUCGCCUCCUCGCCCCUGAAUCUGCCAUCAAGACCGCUUCUUGACGCUGCCGAUGUCGUCGCCCUGGGUGGACGCUUCCUCCCUCCUCCUUUUUCUCCCUAAAACCGCGUUUUCCCCGAUCCUCGCCGUGGCCCUCAUUGCCUUCUCCCUCCUAUGGUUCUGCCCCGGCGGGCUUGCGUGGGCCCUCUCCAGGGCUCAUUCAUGCACCAUCCGCGGCCCCUCCGGUUUCGUCCUCGCUCUCGCCGGCACCGCUUCCCACCGGGUGCUCAAGAGGCUUGCUGACACGCUAGAAGCCUUGGACUUGAUGGCCUUCUCGGUGGGAUUCACCCGGUUCAUCGUGGCGAGCCGUCCCGAGACGGCGAAGGAGAUCCUCAACAGCUCGGCCUUCGCCGACCGCCCGAUCAAAGAGUCCGCCUACGGGCUCCUCUUCCAUCGCGCCAUGGGGUUCGCUCCGUUCGGCGAUUACUGGAGGAAUCUGAGGAGGAUCUCCGCCACCUACUUGUUUAGCCCUCGCCGUAUCGCCGCGUUUGGCGAGCGCCGGAGGGACAUCGGCCAGCAAAUGCUGGCGGACGUCCAGGACCAUAUGGCCAUGAAUGGCGUGGUGGAGAUGAAGAAAGUCCUGCACUUUGCGUCUCUGAACAACGUCAUGAUCAGCGUUUUCGGGAAAAGAUUUGAUUACUCCAAGGGUGAGGGGUUGGAGCUGGAGUCCCUGGUCAAGGAAGGGUACGAGCUACUUGGCGUCUUCAAUUGGGCUGAUCACUUUCCUUUGUUAGGGUGGUUGGACUUGCAAGGGGUGAGGAAGAGGUGCAGGGCUUUAGUGAAGAGGGUAAACGCCUUCGUCGGGAGCAUCAUGGAAGAGCACAGGAAGAGGAGAGUUUGUGGUGAUGUGGUGGAUGGUGACGGUGACUUUGUGGAUGUCCUCCUUGGCAUGGAAGAGGAGGAGAAGCUUUCUGACGCCGACAUGGUUGCUGUUCUCUGGGAAAUGAUCUUUAGAGGAACUGACACAGUAGCCAUCCUCUUGGAGUGGAUAAUGGCCAGAAUGGUUCUGCACCCAGACAUCCAAUCCAAAGCGCAAUCCGAAAUCGAUGAAAUCGUGGGAGUAUCCCGUUCUGUUUGUGAUGCUGAUGUCGCGAGCCUUCCGUACCUCCACGCCAUCGUGAAAGAAUCUCUCAGGCUGCACCCACCUGGUCCGCUCCUCUCCUGGGCUCGCCUUGCGGUACACGAUGUCCACGUCGGGGAUCACUUCAUCCCCGCCGGCACCACCGCGAUGGUGAACAUGUGGGCGAUAACUCACGAUGAAUCCAUCUGGGCGGAGCCUAAUGAGUUCAUGCCGGAGCGCUUCAUCAGGGAGGACGUCAGCGUUCUGGGCUCGGACCUGAGGUUAGCGCCAUUCGGUGCAGGGAGGAGGGUUUGCCCAGGGAAGGCCAUGGGAUUAGCUACUGUUCAUCUUUGGCUGGCUCAGCUGCUUCAGAGCUACAAAUGGGUGCCAACAGAGGGUGGUGUGGAUCUGUCGGAGUGCUUGAAGAUGUCACUUGAGAUGGAGAAGCCUUUGGCCUGCAAAGCUGUUCCAAGGUGGUGAAUGGGCACGAGGUGCUUUAAAGGUUACAUAUAAGAGUCUCUAACUAGCUCAGAUAGUAGUGUUUAGAGAAUGGAGAUCAUUUUGGCCUCAAUAUCUCCAUCGCUGUGUGACUUGUUGGGUAGGCUUGUUCUAUGUAGUUGAUCUCUGCAACUCUCUAUAAGUGUCGCUGUUAUUUAUAAUGCUUAGUUCUAGUACAUGAAUUAUAGGCGAAAUAUUAAUGCCACUGCUUUGUUUU